AAUGGCGUGUGUUCAUCAAUCGGGAUCAGGACACGAACGACACAUGAGGAGACGCACUAGCUAUCUAGCUCCUUUUCGUUUGCCCACCGGAGACGCGGGAAGUCGAGCUAAGACAGCCGAGGGCACCAUCACCAAGCUACAUAAUGGCCACCUUCUUCACGGCGCGCCGGCGGAAGGCGGAGCUCGUGGCACCGGCGAGGCCAACGCCGCACGAGCACAAGCCCCUCUCCGACAUCGACAGCCAGCGCGGGCUGGAGCUCUACGCCGCCGGCGUCGAGUUCUUCCGUCGCCGCCAUCACGCUGCGGCCGUCUUCUCCGGUGGUGACGACGACAAUAGCGGUGACCCGGUGGGUAUCAUCAGAGCGGCGCUGGCGGAGGCGCUGGUGAGCUUCUACCCGCUGGCCGGCCGCAUCCGGGAGCUCCCCGCCGCCGGAGGAGGAGGAGGUGGAGGCGGUAAGCUGGUGGUGGAGUGCACGGCGGAAGGGGUGGUGUUCGUGGAGGCCGACGCCGACGUGCGGCUGCAGGAGCUCGGCCAUGGCCAGCCGCUGGGCCCUCCGUACCCGUGCGUCGAGGAGCUCCUCUGCAGUAACGACCUCGUCGGCGAACCUGACGUCGUCGUUGGCAAGCCGCUGAUCUUCAUGCAGGUGACACGAUUCAGAAACAACGAAGGGUUCUGUAUCGGCUACCACUACUGCCACUCCAUCACCGACGCAUUCGGCAUGGCCCAGCUGCUCCACACCGUCUGCCGCCUCGCGGGCGGCGACGACGACGGCGAGUCCCUCAACGAUCCGCCGGUCUGGGAGAGGGACCUCCUCGCCGUCGCGCCACGACGCUCCUCGCCACGCAUCAGGCACGUCGUCGAGCAUCCCGCCUACGACCCGCUGCCCGUCUCAUCGGCCGCGGCGAAGGACGUCGUGUGGACGACACCGCGCGAGCAGAUGGUGACCCGCUACUUCCACCUCGGCCCGACGGAGAUGGCAGCCCUGCGAGCCCAUGUUCUGUCGUCCGCCACUGUCUUCGAGCUCGUCACCACCGUGCUGUGGCGGUGCCGGGCGGCGGCGCUGGGGUACGCCGCGGCGCAGCGCGUCCGCGUCCUGGUCAUGUCGAGCGCGCGCUGGAGCUGGAAACGCAAUCCGCCGCUGCCGCGCGGCUUCUACGGCAACUUGCUCGUCCCGCAGGUCGCCGAGGCCACCGCCGGCGAGCUGUGCGGCCGGCCACUCGCCCACGCGGUGGAGCUCGUGCGGGGGAGGAAGUUCGCCGUGACGGACGAGUACAUGCGGUCCAUGCUCGACAUGCUGGCGCGGCGCGGCCGGCCGUUCUUCAACCUGGACUGGACGUUCGUGGUGGCUGACGCCGGUGGCCUCGGCCGUAGCCUGGGCGUCGUCGGAAGGUGGGAGCGCGCCGGCGGCGGCCUCACGCCGGUUGGACAGGCGACUGCGGCGAGCAUGUACAGCUACUACGAGAGGUGCAAGAUUGGAGCAGGAGAGGAAGCCGCAGUGGUGUCCAUGUGCUUGCCGGCGCCGGCGAUGGAGAGGUUCGUGCGGGAGAUCACCGGAUGCUCCAACACCAGAUCAGCGAAGAGCGCCAUGUAGAGGCAAGUCGGGCUUUGUUGGGCCAUGAUUGUGCUACUUUGUACGGGCUAUUGGGCAAUAUCGUGUUUAGGCAGCUCUAUAAAGCAUGGCCAUUAUCAAUUGAUAGGAGAAGAUUUAUAAUGGUUGGGUGGCCAUGACGGGUUGUCGAAAAAACUCAGCAAUCAGGGUGACUUCUCGAUAUACCAGGAGGGCAUAGUUAGGGGUAUUAUCUACGUAAUUGUAUAAUAGUAAGUGUAGACUAAAAAUGAUUAUAUAAUGAUUAUUUUCUUAUUCA